GCGACGGCGGCGGUGUAGCUUGUGCUACGAAAAUCAGUCAAGAUGACUUGUGGCAUCUCCUGUGUUGAUACUGCUUUGAAUCGAUCUUUUUACAAGUUGGGUAUCUUUAUCGCACGACAUCCGGGGUACUUUAUAAUCGUACCGGUGCUGCUGACAUUUCUUUGUAUGACUGGCUACCAGCAGAUCCGCUACCAGAUCGAUCCCGAAUACCUGUUUUCGCCGAUCCGCGGCGAAGGAAAAGCCGAGCGUGCCAUCGUUGAGAACUACUUCAAGGUCAACUAUACACACCGCUUCAACGUGGGCCGCAUCACCCGACCGGGUCGCUUCGGUCGAGUGAUUAUUACCGCCAAGGACGAAAACAAAAACUUGCUGCGGCGCGCAGUCUGGGAAGAACUUCGACAGCUGGAUGGUAUCAUUCAGAAUGCAACGGUACAGUACGAUGGGGAAACGUUCACCUACCGGGAGGUGUGCGCCCGCUGGGAGAACGAAUGCUUCCUGAACGACAUCCUCAAUCUAGAUCAGAUUAUUGACGAGGUUGAAGCCGGCGACCUGAAUCUCACCUUUCCGGUCAUGUUCAAUCCGGUCACGUGGGAUGCGCAUGUUUUCCCGGUUUUCUUCGGCGGGACGCAAGUUUCCGAGGAUAACAUCAUCAUCUCGGUACCGUCCCUGCACCUGGUGUACUUUGCGACGGCCGACUCGAAGAAGCAGGACGCGCGCGGUGCCGCCUGGGAGGAAGCGUUCCUCGAGACGGUCGGUUACGCGGAAGAUAACGGCGUGUUUAAACACAUUGCGGUCGCUCGGUUUGCGUCGCGUACGCUCGAUCACGAACUGGAACGGAACACUCGGACGGUCGUGCCGUACUUUGGUUCCACGUUUCUGCUGAUGGCCGUGUUUAGUUUUUUGACGUGCAUGAUGUGUGACGUGGUGAGGUCGAAACCGUUGCUCGGGCUGAUGGGGGUCAUAUCGGCGGCGAUGGCGACGAUGGCCGCCUUCGGGCAGGCUAUGUACCUUGGCGUCGAAUUCAUUGGCAUCAAUCUCGCGGCACCGUUUCUAAUGAUCGGAAUCGGAAUCGACGACACGUACGUGAUGCUCGCCGGCUGGCGACGAUCCUCGGUUAAGCUGUCCGUCCCGGAACGGAUGGGCACGAUGAUGUCCGAGGCGGCCGUGUCGAUUACCAUCACCUCGCUGACCAGCAUCGUCUCCUUUUUGAUCGGCACCAUAACCCCGUUCCCGUCGAUACAAAUUUUCUGCACCUACAGUGGGCUAGCGGUGGCCUUCACCUUUGUGUGGCACGUAACGUUCUUCGCCGGCUGUAUGGCCGUGUCCGGUUACCGCGAGCAGCGCAAUCUGCACGGACUCUUUGGCUACAAAGUGCUGCCGGAAUCGGUUGCUAUUAAAGAGAAGCGAUCGUGGCUGUAUCGCAUGUUCAACACCGGCGGCAUCAACCGGGACGAUCCGGACAACCCGAUCGACAACAAGGAACACGUAAUAAUGAAAUUUUUCCGCGAUCGGCUCGCCAACGUUCUGAACCGCGGUUGGGUUAAGGCAAUCAUCAUUCUGAUCUUCGCAGCGUAUCUCGGGGGAGCCUGCUUCGGGCUUACGAAAAUCACCGAAGGCCUAGAGCGCAGGAAACUCUCCAAGGAAGACUCCUACUCGGUGAAGUUUUUCGACCUAGAGGAUGAGUACUAUCGUGAGUUCCCGUAUCGGAUACAGGUGAUCGUAACCGGAGAUCUGAACUAUUCGGAUCCGAACACGCAGAUGCAGAUUGAGGAGCUGAUGCAAUCGCUGGAGAACACUUCCUACAUCACGUCACCGUUGUACAGUGAAUCAUGGCUGCGGUCGUUCGUUUCGUACGUUGAACGAAAUAAUGACUAUCUGAAUCUGACGCUGGACAGCGAGCAGGCUUUUAUUGAUGCAUUGAAAGAGAUAUGGCUGUUCCCGGCAAACCCUUUCUCGCUGGACGUGAAAUUCAACGACAACGGUACCCGCAUUCUGGCGUCUCGGUUUCUGAUUCAAGCCUUCAAUAUUACCGACACGAAUCACGAAAAGAUUAUGGUGAGGGAUCUUCGCCAGGUCUGCAAGGACUCGCCACUGAACGCCACCGUAUUCAAUCCGUACUUUGUGUUCUUCGAUCAGUUCGAGCUGGUUCUACCGAUAUCGAUCCAAUCGAUGGUUGUCGGCGGAUUGAUUAUGAUGUUGAUGACGUAUAUAUUUAUUCCGAAUUUUUUGUGUUCCCUGUGGGUUGCGUUUUCGAUCGUUAGUAUCCAGUUGGGAGUUGCUGGGUAUAUGAGUUUAUGGGAUGUGAAUCUAGACUCGAUUUCAAUGAUCAACUUGAUUAUGUGUAUUGGUUUCUCGAUUAAUUAUACAGCACACAUUUGUUACACUUUCAUGUCAUGCAAAGCCAGGACACCGGACGAGAGAGUUCGACAAGCACUCUACAGCCUGGGCAUGCCGAUCGUUCAGGGAAGUUCAAGUACUAUUCUGGGUGCAGUGCCACUCUUGCUGGCCGAUAGCUACAUCUUCCUGGUGUUCUUCAAAAUGGUGUUUUUGGUGAUCUUCAUCGGAGCAAUGCACGGUCUUUUCCUGCUGCCUGUGCUAUUGUCGCUGUUUGGACCUGGAUCUUGUACCAGCUCUUCGGAUGAUGAGCUCAAAUUGUCGUCGGUGGAGAAGACCUAUCCUCAUCCGUAUUGUAUUUCGCAUCCUCAGCUGGCAUUGACGGGUGCCUUUGGAAGUAAAACUUUCCUGGCAGCUCCCUACAAAGCUUACGGCGAUGAGAAAGACCUAGGACUAGGAACAUCGGGCGAGGACUCUAGUGAAAGUUCCAGCAGCAAGUCACAACGAAGACAAGCGAUUGAGGAUGAAAACACUAGGCGACGAUAUGAGGAGGGAUGGCGAAGAUCGUCACAUAAUCUCACCGGACAGAGUCAGUUCCAGCCCGUUCUGGACCUCUACGGACAGGAUGCGAUAUGGUCUAAACCAAUUAGUAAGCCACCGAUAAAGAUGGGCAACGGUCGCUUUACGUACGACGACACUUUGAACAUUGCACAAGCUCAAACCUCAACGAAGAAAAAAUUCGACUACGAUGAUGAUUCGCGCCGACUGGAGGACACUCGACCGCGCAAACAUCGCUACGAAGAUAACCGGACUUUCGAGGAAGACGAAGUGGUGGAGGAUGAGUAUCAGCACACUAAUCGUUACUACAUGUACGACACCAGCCACGUGAAACGACUUUCGAACGACAGCAACAAUAGUGGAAGUGAUAGCAACAACAGCAAUAUGAACCGCCGGAAGUAUUCGGAUGAGGACAACCAAAAACGACGCCGCUUUAGCGACGAACGACGACCUAGGAAAUACUCCCCACCGGAGGGUAUCUACAAGCAGAACCCAAAUCGUUCAUCCUCGCAGCACAAUCUGUACUACCCGCGGCAGCCGCCAACUCGAACGACAUCUCAGAGCAGUCUGCACCAGUUACGACACAUGGGUGAUAUGAGAUUUCCUUGA